CAAUACGCACCUGCAUAAGCUCCGUCCUACGCAGGUCGAAGACGCCUUGCAGCUUGACAAUGAAGCCGUCAUCAUCAUAGCCCCAAGUCACAGCCUGCUGCCGUUCUCUUUCUCCUUCUCUAUCUUCCUCCCUGUACUAGAACAGCUGGUGCUACAUUGCUCAUCUGCCUUCGCCCUCGUCACAAUGCUGUGUUCCUCACUGCUGCUGGCGAGUCUCUUGACUCUCACCGCAUCAUCUCCUUCCCUGGACAGACGACAAGCUUCCUUGUCCACAUUUGUUUCCCAGGAGCAAGCCAUCGCCAUCCAAGGUGUCCUAGCCAAUAUCGGAGGCCUCAACUCCAGUCUGGUUCCAGGUGCCAGCCCUGGGGUUGUCGUCGCGUCUCCCUCCACAGUCAAUCCAAAUUACUUCUACACCUGGACCCGUGACUCGGCCUUGACCUACAGAAUGCUCAUUGAGGAACUGAUCUUCGGUAACUUGACCCUCAGAAAAACCAUCGAGGACUAUACCGCUGCCCAGGCCAUUGUGCAGACUGUCACCAACCCCUCGGGCUCGCUAUGGCCAGCAGGUGACGGCCUCGGGGAGGCCAAGUUCUACACCAAUCUGACCAGAUUCGACGGUACUUGGGGUAGGCCACAGCGUGAUGGUCCCGCCUUGAGAGCCAUUACAUUUAUGGAACUGGCCCCUGUCUUAUUCAACUUGAACGAAACAGCUCUAUACAAACAGAUCUAUUGGCCACUGGUCCUCAACGACCUCAGAUACGUGGGUCAGUAUUGGAACCAGACUGGCUACGAUCUCUGGGAAGAAGUCCACGGCUCGUCUUUCUUCACCCUCGCCAAUCAGCACCGCGCUCUUGUCCAAGGAGCUCUCUUGGCGAGACAGCUCAACACGACCUGUCAACCAUGCGCGCAGGCCCCUCAAAUCCUCUGCUUUUUGCAAAACAAUUUCUGGAAUGCCACAGGAGGAUACCUUACGGCCGAUGUGAAUGUCAACAACGUUGUCCGAAGUGGUAUCAACUCGGAUCCCAUCCUGGCGAGCAUUUCGGUUUUUGAUGCGAACGCUACUUGCAAUGCUAGCGACUUCCAGCCGUGCAACUCAAAGAUGCUUGCCACACACAAAGUCCUGGUCGACAGCUUCCGCAGUCUCUACCCGAUUAACAACAACGCGCAGCCUCCUAACGCGGUCCUGAUCGGCAGAUACCCCGAGGACACCUAUUAUGGCGGAAACCCUUGGGCACUGUGCACACUGGGCGCCGCAGAAAUGCUGUACGAUGCAGUCCACCAGAUCAGAACUGUCGGGCAACUCACAGUCGACAAGUACAGCCUUCCCUUCUUCAAAGAUCUCUCUCCCACCAUCAGCGUCGGAAGCUAUACGGGAGACGUACUGAACCAAAUCUUGGUCAACAUGACAACUUAUGCGGACGGCUUUGUCUCUGCGGUCCAGCCACAUCUGCCCCCCAACGGCAGCAUCUCGGAACAAUUCGACCGCACCACCGGCUUUUCCACCUCGGCAUCCAAGUUGACGUGGUCAUUCGCCUCCUUCGUCACCAUGUCACGCCGUCGGGCAGGUCAAUUCCCCUUGAGCUGGGGCGCCUCGAAUCCAUUGGCCAACACGAACCUCACAAGCUCCCAAUGUCGCGGAACGAGCUUCAACGCCACGGGGAACUAUACCCCGGCCCUCGCGGCUGGCGCCCCGAACGUCACGAAAGACUGUGAAUCGGAGGUGAUCUUCAGCGUCAACGCCACGACAGCAUUUGGCCAGAACAUCUUCAUCCUGGGCAACGUCACGAAGCUGGGGGGCGCACUGAACAACGCCGACGACAUCAUCCUGCCGCUGAACCCGGGCAACUACACCUCCACCACGCCACAGUGGUACGUCGAUUUGUGGUUGAAGGCCGGCCAGACCGUCGCGUACCAGUACGUCCUGCAGAACGGCGCGCAGUGGGUGUUUGAACAGCACCCUGUGCGGACACUGCGUGUUGGCGCGUGUGGAAGCGGGCGCAUCGCCCGGGCGAACGACGCGGCUACUUUUCCUUCUUCUUAGGAAGGAGAAGGGCGAUGGGAAGUAACAACGGUCCAAAAAGGGGAGGCGGCCACGCACCGAGGAGGGGAGCUGUAAUCGCAGAAGGAGGAUGGUCCGUCCACCAAGGAUCAGAAAUCACAAGCACAACUAUACUUUUGAGGGGUUGUUGUGUUGAUAGGAAUGAAAAGGGACUCACGACCGACCACCUAAUUACCAGAGAAGCACCUCCAUCACUAUCAUCCUCAAGCGUUCCAUGCACCACCGUAUAUGUGCAAAGGUCCACAAUGGUGGAAGGACAUAGCUCUAGCGAUGUAGCAUAUCAUGCCAUGGCGCAGCUCAGCACAGCACAGCAAAGCAAAGCCUACCUAGGUGAGAUACUAGCUAGUAUAGCAUCUCCCUGCAAUACGGCGCAGAACUCAGCCUCGCCCCCAUCCAGGUAUCAAUGAUAUCCACAAUCCCUCGGAGCAAUACAGGAUGCGCGUUGAAGAAGAAUAUAUACUCGGUUC